AUGCAAUCCAAAUUUGUCUUCUUGUCUAUCCUAGUCUCGGCAAGCCUAUCAGUUGCCCUUCCAGCAGCUUUCAACAUCUCAGACCCGUCUACUGGUCCUAUACCCAGCGAAACGGACUACUAUAGUUCGUAUCGCGGUAAACCUGCUCCGUUUCCAGGGAAUUCUACGUCACCUAUCUUACUAAUAGAAAGUGGUCCACCCGGACCUGAUGAUCUUCUCUUUCAGAAUCUUCUGGCCGCAGAAUGGGCAGUAUUCUCCUUCUACCAACAAGGCGUCGAAGCUCUAAAUGCUACAUCAUUCACAUCCAUCGGAUUCCCAAACACCACCUACGAUCGUCUCCAAGAAAUCCGCGAUAAUGAAGCUGGUCAUCUCCGAAUAUUUCAGGAUUCCAUAUCUAACACAUCGAUCAAACCCGGCGCGUGCAACUACGAUUUUGGCUGGGGCACCGCCACCGAAUUCCUAGAGAUGCAGGUAUUGAUUGAAGUCUCAAGUAUGGCAUUUGCGGCUGGACUCGUGCAGCAAGCAAAUUUGAAUGUGACGAAAGGUGCCUUGAUGGUAAUUGGAGAAACGGAGACUCGACACACUACAUGGGCUUUAAUAUCUGUUUGGGGAGCUGAUCCCUUUGCCGGACCGAUUGAUACGAGUUUUCCGUAUGCAAAUCAAAUUUUAGACUCGACGAAUCGAUUUAUUGUCGAUGGUUCAUGUCCAAGUGCGAAUCCCGGGUAUCCAUCUCCUAGUCAACAUUUACCCCAAUUGCAAACCCCUGAGAAUGUUACUGGUGGAGGGAAUUUGACAUUUGUGUAUGAGAAAGGUAGUGAUGGGGCUGAGAUGCCGGUCUUUGAAGAGGGAAAAGAUUAUUAUGCUGUUUUCUUCCACGGGUUGGAGAUAAUAUCGGUUCCGUACAAUGUUGCUACUAAUAGCACGACUUUCCCUUCUGAGCUAGAGUUGAAGGGCAUAAUCUUGGCGGUUAUUGCGGAUGAGUUGGAUGCACCUACGGAGAAAUCUGUUGUUGCUGGGCCUGCUUUUAUUUUGGAGCAACCGGCGAUACUUGCUGCUAGUGGGAUAUAG